AUGUUGACCUCCCGGCCCGAAAAGAAGGUGGAGGCUUGCAGGUUUGAAAAUAAAAUAAUUGACACGAAAAUGUUGCUUGAUCGCUUUCCUCUUAUAAUGCAAUCAAUUCAAACUUCAAAAAUGAGUUCAUCAGUUUCUGGCAAGGUCUUCCUUAUAACUGGGAGUGCUUCAGGAAUUGGACUCGCAACUGCGAUCGCUCUGCUCUCCAAAGGAGCCUUUCUAGGUUUGUGUGAUACGAAUAAGGAUGGUUUGACCAGUUUUUUCCGUAAUCUCGAUGAGGAUGAAAGAAGCAGAGUAAUCACGCACGUAGUCGAUAUCUCCAAUCGUUCGAACAUUGCAUCAUUUCUCCAGUUGACCAAGGAGAAGUUCGGUAGGGUUGAUGGUAUUGCUAAUGUUGCAGGUACCCCGGGCCAUAAGUUAGGACAUCAAAAAAUCUGGGAGAUUGAUGAUAAGGAGUACAACUUCAUUAUGGAUGUUAAUGUUAGAGGUAUUUUCAACGUUCUCAGCGAAGGUCUCAAACCUGGAUUUUUACAAGAGCCAGGAAGUAUCGUACACAUAGGAAGUAUGUUCUCUGAGCGUGGAUUUUCAAAAGGCUCAGUUUUUAGUGCAAGUAAACAUGCCGGUGUUGGUAUGAUUAAAAGCAGUGCAAUCGAGGCUGGCAAACGGGGAAUCCGAGUCAACAUGGUAUUGCCUGGUCCUAUCGAUACCCCGAUGCUUCGAGCAAAUGAGGACAGUGGUGCUGAGGGUACUGCUCCAGCUGUACCACUAGAACGACUUGGAGAAGCACAGGAGGUUGCGAAUGUAGUUACUUUUCUCCUAGGUGAUGAAGCUGGAUAUGUGACGGGAGCCACUUGGGAUGUAGAUGGUGGAGCCAAUGCAUGA